AAAUUCGGCAAAUAGAUAAGAAUACAAUCGGAAAAACCGCUAUGCCUUCCGUUAUCAGGUAGAUUUGCCCAAAAUACAUCACACCCAAACCCUAGUUUUGACUAACCCUUUCCCCCACCCCUUGAAGAACAACGAAUUUCUUAUCUGGGUAAUGCCCAGUUUCAACCCCAUUUUGUUGUUGAAACGCUGCAGAUUGACUUGGAAGAAAAGGGUUGGCGGCCAAUGCCGGUGCUGCUUCCGGCAGAUUCAUAUUAAGGCGGCUUGAAAACGAAUUUGAGAGGGUGUCUAAUGAGUUUGCUAUGGACUCUGAAUGUGGGACUGGGACCAAUGUUAAGCAUCCAAGAAGAAAUACAAAGGCAAAUGGAAAUAUAGGUGAAGUGCGAAAUUCACUUGCUGACUCUAAUGAUGAGAGGGGAAACGGUUGGCAUCCAAAAAUACAUCAAGGGAUUCCUGUAAGUGAAGGUAUAGAUGCUCCAGCCAAAAGGUUGAAGUCUUUCUCUUCUGGUUCUUCUUCCGCAUCAGACAGUUCAUCAGAAGAUUUCAUUCAAGUUGAUCCAAAAUUAAUUAACCCUAGGGCAUCUGCUACUGCUCCUUCGCCUAAUCAUGUUCGUCCUUUGCCUAUAUAUUACAAAACUGAUUUGUCCAGUAACACCUCUUCUAAAUCGGAACACGAUAGUAGACUGUCGACAGGUGAUUAUUCACAAGUUUCUGGAAUUACUCACGAAUCUCUAUCCCAGAGCCCAUCAGCGACAGAAUCUCCUCCAAUCCAAGUGAUGGAAAGACCUUCCGGUUUUGACCCUAACAGAAUUCCGCCUUCUGUCUUUGCGAGCAAAUCCCCACCACAAAUGGAGUGGAGUGUUGCUUCGAAUGAGUCAUUAUUCAGCAUUCAUAUUGGGAACAAUAGUUUCUCGAGGGAUCGUGUUCUUAAGUCGAGUGGAGAACUCCUCAAGUCUGGAGAAUUGGAAAAAUCCAGAAAUUCACACAAAUCCGAUAUCACUUUCAGUCCAUCUCCGGUUGCACGACGAAAGGAAAACGACAGAAGAAAAGGCAAUCUUGGAAGGGCUUUUGAAGAAACAGAAAAACCAAUGACAGAGACACCAGUGAAAAUUGCUGGUGACCAAAGCAAAAAAAUUUAUCCUGCUCAAGAGAUGACCUUCAACCACCAUCCAGACGGGAGUGAGCUGCGCAUUGAAACCGUUGUCUUUCCGCAAAAGAAGAAGCAUGAAAGGUCAUCGUUGUCCUGUUCAAAUUGCAGCUGUGGAUUCUGCUGCUCUACACGGCCAAGUUGUUGUCUCUGUAAGUGGCCAAGCUGCAAUUGCUGCAAGUGGCCAAGCUGUAGGUGCUGUAAGCUACCAAGCUGCAACAGCUGUUGUAGAAAACCGAGCUGCAGCUGUUUUAAGUGGCCGAGCUGCAGCAGCUGUUGUAAGUGGCCGAGCUGCAGUGGCUGUAGUCGGCCGAGUUGCAGCUGUUGUAAUUGGUCGAGUUGUAGUUGUUGUAAAUGGCCGAGCUGCAGUGGUUGUUGUAAGCCGAGCUGUAGCUGUUGUAAGUGGCCAAGCUGCAACUGUUGUAAGUGGCCGAGCUGCAGUUUCUCUGCCUGUCCAAGCUGUUCUGGUUGUAGUUGGGCGUUCUGCUGCUGUUGGAACUCUCAACGAAAAAGAACAACCUUGACGGAGGGGCGGCAUGCAGAGAUGAAAUCUUCCAAAAGAUGGUAUUCUUGCUUCUUAUGUUGCUCCAGCCCUUGUUAGUGUGACAGAGAGUGCUUCAAACCUUCAAAGCAUCGUUCUCUCUGGCUUGGUCUGUUUAUCAGAGUGCCCGCCUCAAUCAUCCAUCAGAUCAUUUAGAACCAAGAAAACGAGGGGAUCAUGUCAUUAAGAUCUAACGAAGUCUUUUACGUGUUGGUUGUCAGCUACUUAAAGGACAACCAUCCUCCUUUAUCCGGGCUUAAGAUCGGCUGUGUGAAAGAUAAGACGCUAAACUUGGCACGGGACUAACACACAUAUUCUUCAUAUAGAUUCAACAAUCCACGGCCCUGAUAUCUUCUUCUUUGGUUUACUUUACCUCAGAUUCAGAUAAGGUUUUUUGUUCAUCUUUCUCUAAACUAAUUCCUCUAGUUAGUGCACCUUCCUUGCAAGUCCCAAGGAGGAAAAAAAAAUGUUAAAAGGGAGGUCAUGCUUGAGGAAUUCCUGUAAUGGUAGGGUUUAGUUUGGGAAGAGACUUAAGAGUCUUGGACAUCAUCUUGCUGGUAGUAUAUAGAUACACCAAACCUAUAAAUACAGAUCUAUAUCACUUGAUGUAAAGUUAUACACUUGAUACAAUAGAAAUUAGCAGCAUUGGAUUCUGAUCUAUUCUUUUCUGUUUGUUUAUCGAUGAGCAACACUACGGGCAAUCACGGAUUGAGCACCGGCUUCUUUGUGAUAUUAUCAUACGAUGUGUCUCAGUAGCUGGAUCAUGGAUUUUGAUGAGGGCUCUAUGAAGGAUAGAAAAUUGUCAAGGAAAAGAGUGUGAUCUAUUUAUUGCUGAUUUCUGUCUUUUUUUUCUUCCAGU